AGAAGAGCCCGAUGAAAACAAAACCGACGCUCACAAAAAUCACCCCUUACAAAUUAUAGCAACUGAAACUAAUUUGCCUUACUGAAACACAUUUUUUUUCUUUGCCUGAAUCCAGAUGAACGUUGCUUUUUUAAUUCAAUUAGACUAACUAAUAAGCUUGCUGUAAUUAGCGCCAAGCGGUUUAAUCUAACGAUAUAUCAAAAUAUUAGCGAUAUAGCAUUAGCUCACGGCUUCUGACGUAGCUUGAGUUUCCGAGCUGUUUAGGUGACAACUUUAGUUACUUAGAAAGGCCGAAACAUGUCGGACGAUUAUGAAUUCAGCGAAGAUCCGACCACGACGAGAAUGGAAGAGGACGGAGAGGCAAACAGUGAUGACCCGAUGUCUGCGGCCGGUGACUGCGGCCCGACGGGGGGCGAGGCCGAGGGAUCAAGAAUUGACGCCAGUAAAAACGAGGAGGAUGAGGGGAAAAUGUUUGUUGGAGGGCUCAGUUGGGAUACGACUAAGAAGGACCUGAAAGAUUACUUUUCCAAGUUUGGGGAGGUUGUAGACUGCACUUUAAAACUGGAUCCAAUGACCGGCCGCUCCAGAGGCUUUGGCUUUGUGCUCUUCAAAGAAGCUGAAAGUGUUGACAAGGUUGCCACACAGAAGGAGCAUAAACUCAAUGGAAAGGUCAUCGACCCUAAAAAAGCCAAGGCCAUGAAGAGCAAGGAGCCUGUAAAGAAGAUCUUUGUUGGCGGUCUCUCUCCAGACACUCCUGAAGAGAAAGUCAGAGAGUAUUUCGGUGCCUUCGGAGAGGUGGAGUCAAUUGAACUUCCCAUGGAGAACAAAACAAACAAAAGGAGAGGCUUCUGCUUCAUAACGUUCAAAGAGGAAGAGCCAGUUAAGACAAUCAUGGAGAAAAAGUACCACAAUAUCGGACUAAGCAAGUGUGAAAUAAAGGUGGCGAUGUCCAAGGAACAGUACCAGCAGCAGCAGUACUGGGGAGGCAGAGGUGGAUACUCAUCCAGGUCUCGAGGAAGAGGUGGUGGUCCCAAUCAAAAUUGGCACCAGGGUUAUGGCAACUACUGGAAUCAAGGCUAUGGAAAUUAUGGAUACAGUAAUCAAGGCUACGGAGGAUACGGUGGCUAUGAUUACUCUGGUUACAACAACUAUUAUGGAUAUGGUGACGACAGCAUUGUAGAUCAAUCUGCUGGAUAUGGCAAGUCGCCACGACGUGGUGGUCACACCAACAGUUACAAGCCGUAUUAAUUGGGGGAAAAACCUCAUAUUCAAGUAGCGGAGCUUCCUUGCAGGCCAUGAGCUGACUCCCAGAUACUCUCAGGGCCCGCUCAAUGCGGACCGGGUACGAGAAGCAUACGCUCUCGAAUGCUGCCAUUUGGUAUGGUCUUACAACAUCCUGUAUCAGCAUUUCUAAACUAAACAAUAUGGGACACGUCCAGCUUUGUCAUCUUUCUUUCCAUUUUAAUUUGUUUGCAACUGUAUGUAAUGUAAAACUUAAAAUAUACACAUGUAAUUGUCAUUUUUUACAGGCCCUUACUCCCCCACAAGUAAUGAUUAUAAAUAUGAAAGUAAUAAUAAUAACUAUUUGCUUUUCAAAGGAUACGUACAGCAUUCUCUGGACUUUCCAGUUCCUAUUGUUAAUAUAUGCAUUCCUAAUCUUAUCUAAAAUGCUUGUUUCUUUAUUUAGCUCUUGUAGCCAGUAGUCCAUGAGCUAAAUCCUGGUUCGUAUUUGGAGGCUACUGUGUUGGGGGAUAAAGUGCUUUACUUUUGUGUACAUGUAUUGUUCUGUUUUGUGUUACUGACAGCGAUGGAAAAGACUCCUCUUUUCUUAAUUUUCCUGUAACAAAUUUUCCUCUUAACCUUUUUGUAAAACAAGAAGAAUCAAAGUGUCACCACAUUUCCAGAAAUUUGCAUGUAAUGCUUUCUUUAAUGUGUACUUUCGACCAAUCGAAGGUUUCUUCUAUUUAAUAUUUUUGGCUUUUUUGACAUCUCACUUCAGGAUUUCUAGCUUAUGGACUUUUUAAACUGUAAAAAAAUGUUAAAAUAAUUAUGUUUUUUCUUAUCAUUUUUUACAUUUUGGACAUUAUAAACACGGGGAUUCCUAUUUUGUUUGUGUUUUUGAACAGAUUUGUGUUCAUCUAUAGCUGAUUUGUGUCUGUUUGUUUUUCAUAGGUAUCAGAGUGAUGAAAGGCUGCUGUCAGCUGGUGGAGAAUUGGCCACAGUGAUGAUGGUAUCCAGCAAAGAUCACUAGCUGAUUGUAAGAACAUAACUGAAGAGCACUAUGACCUACAUUUCCUCUUAUACUUACCGGAGUAUUUGUUGGAUCUUAAACCUUUUUUUUUUUUUGGGAUUUUUGACGUUUUUUGCAUUUAUUUUAGAACACAGCAAAGUUUUAGCAGUUUUUUUUGUUUGUUUUUUUUUUUUUGCGUUCCUCAUCCCUUCUCGUUUUUUGUAUUUAAUGUUCUCAAAUUGCUGUUUGUGAAUUGCUUCAUUUAUUACAUAACUUGAAAUGUUAGAUUGGUUGGAACAGAUCACAAAUAUAUAUAUAUAUAUAUAUAUAUAUAUAUAUAUAUAUAUACAGUACUGUGGUAGCAAAGAUACACAAUGUGUUGUUACAAUUUAUCCUCUUAAUCAUAGUCAUCAAUCAUUUAAUACAUAUGAUAUUACAGAGUUUGACAGUCAUAAACAUACAGAAUAUAUACACAGUGUAUUGAACAUAAAAGAAAUGUGACAAAAUAAAAAUAAUAAACACUCA